UCUGGUGGUUCUUCACCCUCAUCAUCAUCUCGUCCUACACGGCCAACCUGGCGGCGUUCCUCACCGUGGAGCGGAUGGUGUCCCCCAUCGAGAGCUCGGAGGACCUGGCCAAGCAGACGGAGAUCGCCUACGGGACGCUGGACGGAGGCUCCACCAAGGAGUUCUUCAGGCGCUCAAAGAUUGCGGUUUUCGAGAAGAUGUGGUCCUACAUGCGGAGCGCGGACCCCUCGGUGUUCGUGAAGAACACCAACGAGGGCGUGAGCCGGGUCCGGAAGUCGAAGGGGAAGUACGCCUACCUGCUGGAGUCCUCCAUGAACGAGUACAUCGAGCAGAGGAAGCCCUGCGACACCAUGAAGGUGGGCGGGAACCUGGACUCCAAGGGCUACGGGGUGGCCACGCCCAAAGGAUCGCGCCUCAGAAACCCUGUUAACUUGGCAGUGUUAAAGCUCAACGAGCAGGGCCUGUUGGACAAAUUGAAAAACAGAUGGUGGUAUGACAAGGGCGAGUGCGGCGCCAGGGCAGGGGACUCCAAGGACAAGACGAGCGCGCUCAGUCUGAGCAACGUGGCCGGCGUGUUCUACAUCCUGAUUGGAGGGCUCGGCCUCGCCAUGCUGGUGGCGCUGGUCGAGUUCUGCUACAAGUCCCGCAUCGAGUCCCGGCGCAUGAAGGAACUCAUCGACGCCGCCGUGAGCAGCAGCCUCGGCGGGAUGGCGGGGGCUACGGGGGGGGAGGGGGGGCGGUGUCUGGAGGGGGAGGGGGGGGUGUUGUCUGGAGGGGGAGGGGGGGCGGUGUCUGGAGGGGGAGGGGGGGGAGAGAACGGACGCGUGGUGGCCCACGACUUCCCCAAAGCCGGAACCCAAGGGUUACCCUGCAUGAGCAAGUCUGGUCUGGGACUGUCCUCCACAGGCAUGUGAUCACAACGGAGGCUGCUGAUUGGACGGGACUGUCUAUCUGUCUGUCCCUCUGUCCCUCUGUUUGUCUCUCUGUCUGUCUGUCUGUCUGUCUGUCUGUCUGUCUGUCUGAGGAGAUGGAGGAGAUGGAGGACUGAGAAGAUGGAGGAUGAGGGACAAGAUGGAGGAUGAGGGAGAAGAUGGAGGAGAGAGAAGAUGGAGGAUGAGGGACAAGAUGGAGGACUGAGAAGAUGGAGGAUGAGGGAGAGGUUUGAGAAGAUGGAG